CUCCCCCUCCCCCUCCCCACGCCGUCGCCCGCCAACUGCUCGGCGGAAUGCUGCACGCGCCGCCGCCGCUGGAGGCGGCCGGGUCGCCCGUCGCGCACAGCCGCUGCCUCCUCCGCGACCUCGGCGGCCAUGGCGCGUUGCCGGCCGACCCCUCCACGCUCUACGGCGCCGACGCGGCCACCACCCAGUUCCUCCUCGAGAGGAUUCUGCGGGGGAGCGGCACCGCGCGCCGCCUCGUGACUUCCUCCUCCUCUCCAGGUUCCUCCUCGGUGGGCGCAGCGGACACCGACUCGGGCGAGCCCCAGGACCCGGCGGUGUCCGCCCCUGGCCUCGUUCCGGUCUCAGGCUCCCCGGAUCGCGCCGACCGCACCUCCGCAGCUAGCGGUCCAGGCACUUCGCCCGCCACCGCGCUCAACGAGCCCCUCGAAUCAGCCGAGGAAGUCGCCGCCAGCCGCCUGCCUGCUCUUCUAGGACCGGGAGGUCGCAUACUGAUCGUGGCCAAUCGGCUCCCCGUCACGGCCAAGCGCCUCGAAGACAACCAGUGGGAGUUGGUGACCAGUUCGGGCGGUCUCGUCAGCGCCCUGCAAGGUGUUAAAGAUGUGGAACGGAUGUUUGUCGGCUGGCCUGGCGUCAGCGUCACCGACGAGGACGGCCAAACAUCCAUCAAGAAAGAGCUACUUAAGAAGAGGUGCGUACCUGUGUUCCUGAGUGAGGAGUUAAGGGACCAGUACUACAGCGGGUACUGCAAUAACAUUCUAUGGCCGCUCUUCCAUUACUUGGGGCUUCCACAGGGGUACAAGGUCAAUAAGACAAAAGACUUUAAGUCACAGCUUAAGGCAUAUACUGAGGCAAACAAGAUGUUCGCGGAUACUCUGUGCGAAAUCUCUAAGGAAGGGGAUAUCAUAUGGUGCCAUGACUACCAUUUGAUGUUACUUCCCAAGUUAUUGAAGCAGUCCAACCUGAACAUGAAGGUGGGCUGGUUCCUGCACACACCGUUUCCCUCAUAUGAGGUUUACCAGGCAUUGCCGAACCGCAAAGAGCUGUUGCAGGCUGUGCUUGAAGCUGACUUAGUGGGGUUUCAUACGUACGAGUAUGCAAGGCACUUUGUGAGUGCUUGCACCAGUCUGCUGGGUCUUGAGGGUCGCCUUGGAGGCAUUAAGUUUAAAGGAAGGAUUGUUAAAGUGGAUGCUUUUCCGAUCGGGAUAGACGCUCAGCAUUUUAAAGAAUCUUUGGAUCUUAACGCAGUCAAAGGGGAAAUAACCGAAUUCAAAUCAGUUUUUGCUGGUCCAAAGGUAAUGCUUGGUGUUGAUCGGUUAGACAUGAUUAAAGGACUUCUGCAAAAGUUAUUGGCCUUUGAGAAAUUUCUUGAGGAGAACAAGGGUUGGGAAUCCAAAGUGGUCCUUGUGCAAAUUGCUGUGCCAACUAGAAGUGACGUACCUGAAUAUCAAGAGCUGAAAAGUCAAGUGCAUGAAAUGGUUGGACGUGUAAAUGGAAAAUUUGGAACGUUUAAAACGUACCCUAUUAUAUAUCUGGAUAAAACCGUUGAGUUUGAGGCAUUGUGUGCUCUUUAUGCAAUCACUGAUGUGGCUCUGAUAACAUCACUGAGAGAUGGAAUGAAUCUUGUAAGCUAUGAAUAUGUUGCCUGUCAAGAAUCAAAUAAAGGUGUUCUGAUACUGAGUGAGUUUGCAUGGGCAGCGCAAUCUCUUGGGGCUGGUGCUAUUGUAGUAAACCCAUGGAAUACUGCGGAAGUAGCAGGGGCAAUAAAACAUGCUUUGGAUAUGUUACCUGAUGAAAGGGAGCGACGUCACAAGCAUAAUUAUAAAAUUGUGUCAGCACACACUGCACAAGAGUGGGCAAAAAACUAUGUCUGGCAGCUAAAUGAUGCAGCAAUUAAAGCUCCGUUAGGAACAGGAGAAAGUCUUCUUGGACUCCCUAUUGAAGAAGCAGCUGAACAAUACGCACAAUCCAAAAGUCGGUUACUCAUAUUGGGUUUUAAUGCGACAUUGACUGAACAGGUCCAAUCUUCUGAGAGAAGGGCUACUGACCAAACCGGGAACACGACACUCAAGUUGAACUCUGGGUUGAAGGGAGCCCUGAAAACCCUUUGUGAUAAUGAGCAUACAACUGUCAUUGUUGUCAGUGGUUAUGGCAAAGAUGUUCUCCAUGAAAAUUUUGGAGAAUUUAAAAUGUGGUUGGCGGCAGAGAAUGGGAUGUUUCUACGACUAAAUGGUGAAGAAUGGUUCACCACAUCAUCUGGACAACUGGAAAUUGGCUUCCGUGAUAGCGUAAAGAAAGUUAUGGAAUACUUCACUAAAAGAACCCCGGAGUCUUAUUGUGAACCACGUGAAACAUCAAUUGUGUGGAACUAUGAAUAUGCAGAGGAUCAUUUUGGAACAAAUCAGGCAAAUGAUAUGCUACAGCACUUGGGGGCAUAUUCAUUGUCAAAUCAAAGUGCUGAGGUUGUUCAAGGCAGCCGGUCAAUUGAAGUGCGCCCUGUGGGAGUCACCAAGGGUAAUGCCAUCGAUAAAAUUAUGCAAGAGUUAGGUCACAGGAAAAUCAUAACCACUCCAAUUGAUUAUGUCUUGUGCAUUGGCCACUUCCUUGCGAAGGAUGAAGACGUCUAUACCUUACCCCAAUUUGAUGUUGAACCUGAAUCGGAAAGAAAAGCAAAGGUGUGGCAAGCAGAUAUCAUGAACAUCAAGUUUAACCUGAAACGUGACAAGUACUUCUCGUGCACUGUUGGGAGGGAAUGUUCUCUAGCACGGUACAAGCUCGAGGGAGCUAGUGAAGUCGCCUCCUUACUGCACAAUCUUGCAUCUGCUGACCGAGGAGAACGUGACGACUCUCGUCCCACGAAGAGACAAAAAGAAGAUCAUGAUUCAGGAGCUAUGAGCGAGUAGUGAUUUUGCCUUUUUCUCAUUCAUUGACUCCAAAGGGUACAAAUACUAGAAAAAAGGGUUCUUCACUUUGGUACAGAUACUAGAAGGAACUCUAGGCCAAGCAGAAAAAAGGGUACAUAUACUAGAAGAAAUUGUUUUUUUGGAUCUAAGAACCAAAAGGAGGUUAGAGAAUUCUUCACUUUGGUGGCUGAUCUGCAACCGCACAAGUUUUGAUCGAUGCAUGUAUAGAACGUGAUGCUGUAAAAGCGAGACAUGAUGUCACCAAAGUACGAUUCUUUUGUAGUUGAUUUUAUUCAAUUGAAAAUCGUCUUUGUUUCUUUA